UCCAACUUUUCUUCCCCAAAAUGGCUCCAUCACCAAAACUCACAUCUCUUCUCUGCGUCAUCUUCUUCAUCAUCAUCGUCAACGUAAGUAUAUUCUCUCCACAAACCAAAGCAAGAAACAUCCAAGGCUUCACCCAACUCAACGGCCAAAACCCAAAUGGCUCCAUGAAAGCAACAGAAGAAGACGACCAAGAUCCUGUCUUUGUCCGACAAACUGGGAACGGAUAUGGCCUUUAUCCCCAUUACAGUUUCAGCAACGACGGCUCGGAUGUUGAAGGGAACCCACAUGAAGAUAACGGCCAAGUGUUCGAACCUUAAUUAAAACAUAUCCAGAUUCGUUUGUUCAGAUCUCAACGUGUAUGCAUUGAUCGUUCGGCCUGUUGUGUUGAUGUAAUAUUAGUCGAGUUUCAUAUUCUUUCUCUC